AUGGCCCCAGAUGGACAAGCAUCUCCACUCUUUCGCUUCACUCCUGCUAAAAUGUAUCGCCAAGCCAGUGUAAAGAUGCAGAGGAAGUGCUUCACCAACUCCCCUGCCAUCUGCUCAAGCCGCGCCAACUUCAGUUCAUGCUCCGCAUCUAAGAGUGUGAGCUGUGGUGCUGGCAGCAGUGCUGGUGGCGUAAGGUUUGGUUGUGGCGGUUUUGGCAGCCAAAGCCUCUAUGGUAUUGGUGGAUGUAAGAAGAUCACCACUGGUAGCAGGUGUGGUGGUGGCAUACGUGACAGCAGAGGAUCUGGCUUAGUCUGGUUGCCAUGUGGCCCAUGCUUCCCUGUUUGCCCACCCGGUGGAAUCCAUGAAGUGACAAUCAAUCAGAAUCUCCUGUUACCACUCAACCUGGAGAUUGACCCCAACAUACCGAGAAUCCGCAAAGAAGAGGGGGAGCAGAUCAAGAUGCUCAACAACAAAUUUGCUUGCUUCAUCGAUAAGGUGCGUUUCCUUGAACAACAGAAUAAGGUCCUGGAAACUAAAUGGGCACUGCUUCAGGAACAGUGCCAGAGAACCGUUAGGAAAAAUAUGAAUCAUCUUUUUGAAUGUUAUAUCAGCAAUAUGAGGAGACAGCUGAACAGCCUGGAAGAUAUCAGAGGGAGACAGCUUGGAGAACUGGAAAAAACGCAAAACCUUGUCGAGGACUUCAAGAACAGAUAUGAAGAUGAGUUGAACAAGCGUACAAAUGCAGAGAAUGAGUUUGUAAUAAUCAAGAAGGAUGUUGAUACUGCUUGCAUCAUCAAAACAGAACUACAAGCAAAGGUAGAUUCCCUUUUGGAUGAGAUCAACUUCCUCAAAUGUUUAUAUGAACAGGAAAUACAGCAGUUUCGGGAACAAAUCUCUGACACGUGUGUGAUUCUCUCGAUGGACAACAACCGUAACCUGGACCUGCACUGCAUCAUUGCUGAAGUCAAAGCCCGAUUUGAAGAGAUUGCAAAUAGGAGCAGGAUGGAGAUUGAGUGCUGGUACCAAUGCAAGUUAGAAGAACUCCGGAGGGCUGCUGGAAAACACGGGGAUCAACUUUGCAACACAAAGCAGGAAAUUUCAGAAAUCAGACGAUGCAUCAAUAAACUGCGGUCUGAAAUUGAAAACGUGAAAAAGCAGUGUGCCAAUCUGCAAGCAAAAAUGGCUGAUGCAGAAGAUCGUGGUGAGCUGCUUCUCAAGGAUGCAAGGCAGAAACUGGCUGAACUUGAUGAUGCUCUUCAUAGAGCCAAACAAGAUAUGGCCCAGCAGCUCAGAGACUACCAUGAACUGAUGAAUGUCAAGCUAGGCCUAGAUAUUGAGAUUGCCACAUACCGGAAGUUGCUGGAAGGAGAGGAGUGCAGGCUGGGUAGUGAUGCAGUGAAUGUCUCCGUUGUCUCUUCAAAUGUUUCACGUGGCGGCAUUGGCAUAUGCGGCGCUGUCUGCGGAGGUGGAAGCAGCAUCUUCCCGGGCAGAGGUAGCAUUCCCGCUCUCGGAGGAGGAUGUGCAGCCCUUGACCGUGAUCCUUGUGUUGGAGGAAGCAAAAGAGAGGUUGGAGGAAGAGUGAGCAUUGCAGGUAGCAGCUGCUCUAGUGUCGAUUUUGUUUGCUCUUCUCAAAAACACUACAAAUGCUAA